AUGGAAGCGUUGUGCAUAACCGCGGGAGUAUUGAGCGAAGUAGCGACGAUGACGCAGGGCGUGCCAUAUAUCCAGACACUUUCGAAUCUGAUCACAUAUGUGGUCUCUGUCAACGACGAUAUCGAUUUGUUGAGGUUCGAACGAGGGUUGUUGAGAGACAAAGUCCUGCACCUGCAGAGCAUGAUAGACGAGACGGAGAGGAGGCUUGGCCCCGAUGUAGAUCUUCCCAUGGAUUUUCAAGAGCCGUUCAGGAUGCUCGAAAUUAUACUUAAGCAGGUCGUUGUCGUUUUAGAGAAGUGUGUUGCUACCAAGGGACCUCUGGGAAACGCGAAAUACCUGUUCUCCAGAAAGGAUCUCAUCAAAAGUAUCAAGCACUGUGAUGAAGAGCUCAACACUGCCUUGAAAUGCUUCAACACGAAGCUGCAGGCCAUCCAAUCUCUUGAUAUCAAGGACGUAAAGGUAUAUGUUUCUCAUUAUUUAUCCACCAUAUACCUCUGA